UAGCUAGUUUCAUACUAAUUUUGAAUGGUUUACAGGUGGUCUGCAAUUGCUGUUCACUUGCCAGGAAGAUCAGACAAUGAGAUAAAGAAUCAUUGGCAUACUUCACUUAAGAAGCGUGCUAAUUAUGCUACAAACUCAAGUGACAAAUCAAGCAACAAAUGCAACAAUAAGAUGAAUAGAAGAAAGAGUAAUGUGGAAAAUAAAAAUGCAAGUGCUAGUAUGAAUACUUUACAUGAAAAUACAGUACUUGAAAGUUCAGAAUGGUCACUAAAAGAGUCAUCGCCAAGUGAAGAAGAACUCUCCUCUUAUCAACUGGAAUAUAAUGUUUUUCAAGAAGAAUUAGCUUUGGAAGAAAUUACAAGUGAAAGAUUUUGGACAGAACCAUUUGAAGUUGAAAGUUACAAUAGUACUACUAGAAUUGAUUUUCUAGCUCCAUCAGUUGAUAAUUAUGGACUAAUGUGUCCACCUUCACCUUUUAUAGGUCAUGAAUUUCUUUCAUCCUUUGAUCUAGAUGAUUAUAAUUGGUAAAAAAAUAAUAAUGUUGAUUUAUCUCAAAGGAGAUGAUGACAUAGAAUGUAAUGUCAUAUUUAAGACGUUUAAUACUUCCCCAUUUCAUAUUAAAUGAAUUUGUGAGGCAAUGCACACAUAUU